AUGGCAACGAACGCAGACAAAUUGACGUCCGAUCACAUCGACCAAUAUCUGGAAUACAUUGAAAUAGCUCAGGAGUUCAAGAUAGCUCAGAAACCCGAGCUCAAUAUUGCCUUUCUCACGGCGCUGCAUGUCCACCACAUUGCCGCGUUUCCCUACGAGAACCUGUCGCUUCAUUAUACCCAGAAGGUGAACAUCAACCUCAACGCACUUGCCCUGCAUCGGAAAUUCCUUCAAAAUGGACGAGGCGGGUACUGCAUGGAAACCAGCAUUUUAUUCAACUACGUUCUGCGCGCAUUGGGGUUUAGAGCAUAUCUGACGGGGGCGCGUAUUCGGUUGAGGAAAGAUGGGGUUCCUCAAGGUCCUUAUAGUGGAUGGCGCCACAUUGUUAACAUUAUCACCUUCCCCGAUGGCAGCCGCUAUUCAUGCGAUGUUGGCUUUGGGGGUGACGGGCCCACGAAGCCUCUCCCCCUGGUCAGUGGACAUAUAGUUCCCAACCUCGGGUCCCAGGAGAUUCGCCUGUUGCACGACACCCUGCCGGAGCAUCUGACGGAGGGUCAAAAAGUGUGGAUUUACCAGUACCGAAACAGCACGGACAAGCCGUGGAACUCCUUCUAUGCCUUUGCAGAAAAUGAAUGGGCACCGACAGAGUUUGAUGCAGUCAAUUACUGGGCCAGUACUCACCCGGACAGUUUCCAGACGUAUAUCAUGUUGAUUGUUCGGUUUUUGCGGACCCCAGGUAGCGACGAGAUUUAUGGCAAGGUGAUGCUUGUUAAUGGCGAGGUCAAACGGAACCUUGGCGGUAAGACGUCUGUUGUCUUGUCUUGCAGGACAGAAGAAGAACGCGUCAAGGCUUUGAAAGAGAUGUUCAACAUCACCUUGACGGACGAGGAGAGAGAGGGAAUCCGGGGGAGGUCUUCAGAGCUCCCGUCGUAG